ACCGGAAACAGAAUCGCUGUGGAAGAGACGCUUGGGAAAAUGAACUCCUGAAUAGCUGUCAAGAUUAACACAGAAAAACGUCUAAAAGACACACACGAAACUGUGACUACAUACGCGAAAUCAUCGACACGUAUAAUAAGUUGGAUCUGACAUCUUGGCCAUAGUGAAUCUGAGCAGUGAUGGAGGGUCAGGAUAAUGCAGAUCAAGGUGGCAGUGAUCAGUCUGAAAUACAGCGCACGAGACAGCUGGAUCGUCUGGCCAGAGAGGAGGCCUUCUACCAGUUUGUCAACAAUCUGAGUGAGGAGGACUACAGACUCAUGAGAGACAACAAUCUGCUUGGCACCCCCGGUGAGAUUACAUUAGAAGAACUGUCAAGUCGUCUUCGGCAAAUCAAGGAUGGUCCUGAGACGCCCAGCAAUGGCACCACUGAGGACAGAAGUGAAGGUCCUAGUGCAACAGAGUCGGAGGGCACUGAGGAAAACCCCAGUGGGGAGACCCUUUUGGACUGGCUUAAUACAGUACGACAGACAGGUAAUACAACAAGGAGUGGUAACCGGGGUAACCAGUCAUGGCGGGCUGUAAGCCAAACUAAUCCCAACAGCGGAGAUUUCCGUUUCAGCUUGGAGAUCAAUGUCAAUCGCAACCUAGCUGAACAGCAAACGCAGACAGAGAGACUGGAAGGUGGCCAGGAACAACCAGAUGGCCCCAUAUCUGAGCCUGGGAGUCUAAUGGACACGGCAGAGGUGGUUGAGGAACCAGUGGUGGAUGAGUUGGCUGUUAUAGUAGAGCCAGAUCUGCAAGUUCCCAGCACCCCAUCUUUAAACAUGGAAGUUAGUGUGCAAAGUCCCCCAACUUUAGCUCCCCCAACUUCAGCUCCCCCAACUUCAGCUCCCGCAACUUCAGCUCCCGCAACUUCAGCUCCCGCAACUUCAGCUCCCGCAACUUCAGCUCCCGCAAAUUCAGCUCCCCCAACUUCAGCUCCCCCAACUUCAGCUCCCCCAACUUCAGCUCCCGCAACUUCAGCUCCUGCAACUUCAGCUCCCGCAACUUCAGCUCCCCCAACCUUAGCUCCCCCAACCUUGCCAUCAGUGGAGCAACCACGCAGGGGUCAAAUAAGAGCUCGCAGCAGAAGCCCAGAGCAGCGACGGACGAGGGCUCGCACUACAAGAGGUCGUUCGCCUCUUAACCUUGAGAGAUUGGAUGGACUUCCUCCUACUCAGCAUGGCCUACCUACUCGCAGUUCGGAGACCCUUUCUGAGCCCCAGGUGGAGGGCAGCUCAAGGACUCGGCAACUGUUUUUGUCCCGGCAGAGUACUGUAGAAGCUGAUCCUCAAGAAAUUGUAGCAGAAGUCCCCGAGGCACCACAGGAAAGAGAGGCACCUGCUGGAGAAGCAGGAGCUUCAGGUCGACGUCCUCCAACAAUAAUGCUGGACUUGCAGGUGCGUAGGGUACGUCCCGGAGAGUACCGCCAAAGAGACAGCAUUGCGAACCGGACAAGGUCUCGAUCACAGACUUCCAAUAACACUUUAUUAUAUGAGACUGAGCGUGGGGGCUUCCGCCGGACUUUCUCCCGUUCUGAACGGGCAGGAGUGAGGACAUAUGUCAGCACCAUCCGCAUUCCCAUUCGCAGGAUCUCGGAUGCCGGACUUGGGGAAGCCACUUCUCUGGCUCUACAGUCCAUGAUUCGGCAGAUCAUGACUGGCUUUGGGGAACUUAGCUACUUUAUGGACUCAGACUACUCCGACUCGAGCCGUGAAGACAACCCAUCAGCAGACCUUGCGGAUGCACUGGGCAAUCCUGAUGCUUCUACUGAAACUGCUUCUUCUGAAGCAGAUUCCUUUAUUCCUGGAGCUGGAAGCUCCAAUCAGGAUGGUUUGGAAGCACGGACAGAGGAGAGGGAAGCGGAAGGUGGAGUGCCCGGCACUGCAACUUCUCGGGAGAACCGAGCCAGACCACGUGCACCCAUUAGCCUGGACGAGACCGGAUCUCUGCCCUUUCUACGACUCGCACAUUUCUUCUUGCUCAACGAGGAUGAUGAUGACCAGCCCAGAGGCCUCACCAAAGAACAGAUUGACAACCUCUCAACGCGAAACUUUGGCGAGAGCGAUGCGCUCAAAACCUGCAGCGUCUGCAUCACAGAGUAUGCCGAAGGCAACAAGUUGCGGAAGUUGCCCUGUUCGCAUGAGUACCAUGUGCACUGUAUUGACCGCUGGCUUUCAGAAAACUCAACCUGCCCCAUCUGCCGCAGGGCGGUUCUUGUUUCCACCAACCGAGAGAGUGUUGUCUAGCCAAAAUUGGUUCUGUGACACUCCAUGUUUCUUGCCUCUCUUUCCUUCUUUUUACAUUUAGUACCUAGUUAUGUGAGGAUAUGCAGAUUUUUCAGUACAUCCUAUAUGAAUCCAUCAAGUUUUACCAGAUUUGCUGGAGUUGGCCAAGAACAAGUUUGUUUUCAAACUACAAAUGAGUGUAUUUUGACAUCUUGCUCUGAAAUAAAUUUUGAUGCAAGACAAAACAGACUGCAAGACCAUGCUGCAAGCCCUGAUCAUUCGCUUGUAAGAUCAGCAGUCAUUCAACAAAGUUAUAUAAUGGGCAAUGUUCAUACAUUUUCAUAGUAAACAGAUUGGAUUUUGAAAUGUAGUAUUCCAUAUCAGAUUCCAUCAAAGAUUGUUCAAAUAAAACGUAACAAUUUGAUAACAUUUCAGACCUGCAAGUUUAAAGAAGAGUGACUAGUAAUCAAACGUAAACCACAUCAAAUGCAAUUGAAUUGGAAAAUGGUCCCAACUUUUAAACAGUGCAGUAGUAAUUUAAGCAAUUCUUUUUGCUUCAUACAGUGUUGGUUGUGUUUCAGUAUGAAAGCAUGAUCUGUUUUGUACCAGUUCCCCCAUUCUCAUAAAUUUCCAUGUGAAGAUAAGCGGUAUGAAAUUUCAAGCAGUAGUUCUGAAUGAAUUUAUCAUCCUGUAAAGAAUUUAAUAGGAUGUGGUAUUUUUGUGUGUUCUGUAAUGCUGGUUUUUGAAACCAUAUGGUCAGACACUUUCCAAACACAAAAAAAGGCUGUAAAUAUGCUACACAGAUGCAUCAAGUUGUUUUUCCCCCGUCUUUCCAAAAUAUUACGAUUAUAUCAGAUGGCUGACUCAAACUAGUGUAUUUCAUAUAUCUCAAGAAAUACGACACACUUGGCUACAUAUAGGCAAUUUUGUGCAAUGCUAAUAGGGAAAAUGUAAAGUUUUGACAUUGACUUGUGUACGUUGUAGUCUGUAAAUAUUAACAUUCAAAAUGAAGACUUAAACUGAAGUUUUUCUAACAGUUCUGUACAUGAAAAAUAGCAACAUUUAACUUUAAUGCGGAGGAAAUUAUUUUUCUCAUUAUGUAAUGGUUGGUUUAUAUGGGUUCUAUGGUCUUUAGUCCAAUGAGAGUAAAGAAAUGCAGUGUUAUUAUUUAGAAUCAAUAUAUGAAAUAUCAGUUUUCAUUGUUUCUGUGUUGACUUUGGAGCCUGAUCCUAAACAUAAUAUCCCCAACCAUGAAUUACAUCAGCAUUUCAUAUAUUGUAUAAGCAAGUGAACUGUUGUCAAUGCAUAUUAUCGCAAAUCAGUUCUGAGGUCAAUAGAAUUUAUUAAUUUUGUCUCGAUAUUUAUAGGUUAUAUUUUUGAGUAAUUUUCAUAGUCAUUUUUGACUAGCAUCCAAUGUUUAAAAAUGAAUAAAAUGAUUUCCUCAUCUGA